CGCCCACCCUCGCCGACACCGUGCCGCCGGCUGCCCGCAUGGCGAUAGACCACACUUAUCGUCGUCGACGACCGUGCCCCGCCCUCAUCUCAGUUCGCGAGCCCGACAGCGCCCAUGGCUCCUGCUGCAGCCCUCAGCAGCUUGCGACGCAGCCCACCGCAGCGCUGCAGCAGCCGACGACGUGUCUGCAGCAGCUCCCUGCCAGUGGCGACUGCCGGCCUUCGGCAUCUUAAGCUCGCAUACGUACGUGCACCCAGUUGCACCCCCCAAUUUACCAAUCCGGUCGGUCCAAAUCUCGCCCAUUCGAACCCCGACACCCGUGGGUCGCGCGUGCUCGACCCGCCGUCGCGGCUCAAUUCGUCGCCCGCGGAGCGCUUCUCAGCAAAAGUGGCAGCAGCACGAGCAGCAUCCGUACUACCCAACGCUACGACGCACGCGCGCCGAGCAGCCUCGAC